UGAGGCCAGCUGCGGCCGUGGAGGUGCAAGGAGUCCAGGCAGGCCAGCCGGAUGAGCGGGGAGUGGGGGCACCGGGGCCAGACCCUGAUCUGGGCUGUUUGGGUCCUUGCAGCUGCCACCGAGGGGCCAGCCGCGGAUGCACCGAUGAGGAGCACCAGGCUGGGAUGGGUCCGGGGGAAGCAAGCCAUUGUGCUGGGAAGCACCAUGCCUGUGAACAUGUUCCUCGGGAUCCCCUACGCUGCGCCCCCUCUAGGACCCCUGCGAUUUAAGAAACCAAAGCCUGCCUUGCCCUGGAAUGAGCUCCGAGAUGCCACGUCCUACCCUAAAUUGUGCCUCCAGAACUCAGAGUGGCUGCUCUCAGAUCAACACUUUCUCAAGGUGCAUUACCCCAAAUUGGAAGUGUCCGAAGACUGCCUGUACCUUAACAUCUAUGUGCCCGCCCAUGCGGACACCGGCUCCAAGCUCCCCGUCAUGGUGUGGCUCCCUGGGGGUGCCUUCGAGACUGGCUCAGCCUCCAUCUUCGACGGGUCCGCCCUGGCUGCCUAUGAGGAUGUGCUGAUUGUGACCACCCAGUACCGGCUAGGAAUAUUUGGUUUCUUCAACACAGGGGACCAGCAUGCUCGGGGGAACUGGGCCUUCCUGGACCAGAUGGCCGCCUUAACCUGGGUCCAGGAGAACAUCGAGUUCUUCGGUGGGGACCCACGCUCUGUGACCCUCUUUGGCGAGUCAGCGGGAGCCAUAAGUGUUUCCAGCCUUAUUCUAUCCCCCAUGGCGAAUGGCUUAUUCCACAAAGCCAUCAUGGAGAGUGGGGUAGCCAUCAUCCCUUUCCUGAGGGCCCCCGAUGAUGAGAGGAAUGAAGAUUUGCAGGUGAUCGCGCAUGUCUGUGGUUGCAACGCAUCAGACUCCGAGGCCUUGCUGCAGUGCCUGAGGGCUAAAUCCCCCGAGGAGUUGUUGGACAUCAACAAGAAAACCAAGUCUUUCACUCGAGUGGUUGAUGGUUUUUUCUUUCCUGAUGAGCCUCUAGACCUAUUGACUGAAAAAACAUUUAAUUCCGUUCCUUCUGUCAUCGGAGUCAAUAACCACGAGUGUGGCUUCCUGCUGCCCCUGAAAGAGUUUCCUGAGAUCCUCGGGGGCUCCAACAAGUCUCUCGCCCUGCACUUGCUACACACAGUCCUGCACAUCCCCAACCAGUAUUUAUACCUUGUGGCUGAUCAAUACUUCUCCAACAAGCACUCCCCAGUUGAGAUACGAGAUAGUUUUCUGGACUUGCUUGGAGAUGUGUUCUUUGUGGUCCCUGGGUUGGUCACAGCUCGAUAUCACAGAGAUGCUGGGGCACCUGUCUACUUCUACGAGUUUCAACACCGGCCCCAGUGCUUGAAGGACACAAGGCCGACUUUCGUCAAAGCCGAUCACUCUGAUGAAAUCCGCUUUGUAUUUGGAGGUGCCUUCCUGAAGGGCGACAUUGUCAUGUUCGAAGGAGCCACCGAGGAGGAGAAAUUGCUGAGCAGGAAGAUGAUGAGAUACUGGGCCAACUUUGCUCGGACCGGGGACCCUAACGGGGAAGGCCUGCCUCUGUGGCCAGCCUACAGUCAGAGCGAGCAGUACCUGAAGCUGGAUUUGAACAUGAGCGUGGGACAGAAACUGAAGGAGCAGGAGGUGGAGUUUUGGUCAGAUACCCUCCCCCUGAUUAUGUCUACUUCCACAGCCCUCCCUGGUCCUCCUUCCUUACUCUCCUUUUCUCUGUUCCUGCCUUUAUUCUUCUCUGCUCCUUGAGAAAUUGUGUGUGAUUUUGGUUUUCCUUCUUCUGCAAUUUCCCCCAUGAUCAUUAGCUCCAUUUUUGUGUUUAGCUACUUUGUGAAAUCAGCUGCUUUUACUGAUGUUUUAUGGACGUGGGGAGGAUCCCUAGGGGACUUCUUUUCUAUAUCAAACAAUGCUGCUUGUCUUGGAAUGCUACCAGAUCUCUUCAAUAAAUCUGCAGGAGGGCCAGCCUAUUGGUUGGCAUCAUAAUGAUCUUGUUACUAAGAGAAAACAAAAUCAGAACGUGAAAUAUGUAUGGGGAGCAGAAUUUAAUCCUGUGCUCAAAACUCUCCCCCAACCCCCAGCAUCCAAGGUGAAGUGGAUUUCCUAUCAGAGGUGUGUAUUACCUGAAAUCUGAGUGCUCUAACUGCAAUCCAGGCAGGUGUCAGCCACAAGCCAAGCAUGGAUGUCUUGAACCUCGAUGGCUAGAACUGGGUCUUUCCUCCAGUGGGGGAGGAGGGGGUGGGGCGGCCAGAGAGCCUCCUUCUCAGCAAUGGAAACCAGAGGUCCAUCAAGGUCAGGAGCCAAGGAGUCAGACACCUGGUGGCAAAGUCAGGUCGGGUGGACACCGAGGAGAAAAAAUGUUUGCCUGAUGGGGCGGAGACUAAUCUAUGCUUCCAUAAACCUACACUGGGUGCCUGAUGUGUGCCAGACAUAUCCACACUGGGGCUACAGUGGUGAGCAAGACAUGCCCUCCACCAGGGCUAAGCAAACACACAGUAAGCAAACAUUCACACUAGUGAAUAGCUGAUGACAUACAUUGGAUAAGAUCACUCAGAGUAAGGUGUUGUAUAAAAGUAUAACAGGGGGAUCUAAUUUAGAGGCAAGUCUUGGGAGGUUCUCUCUGGAGAA